AUGCAUUCUUAUAAUCAAACAUUAUUAUUUUUACGCCUUCUCUUUUGUGUAAUUAUUUUAUCAAAAGUUAUAUCAGGAGAAAGUUAUGAUAAUUUUAAUGAAGAUGACGAAACACCUUUUUCUGUAUCUAUCAAGCAUGUUAGAAGUCUUGGAGCACGUGAAUUAUUUGGAAAAAGAUCAAAUCAAAUUGGUUCUUCUUCAUAUAUUUUUGGAAGACAUAGCAGAAGAGGAAGAGAACUUUUUGGAAAAAGAAGUUCUCCACUAACUGGUUAUUUGGGUAUCCCAGAUGAUCAAGUUAUAAAUGGAUUUUAUAAUAAAAGAACAAGAGCUAGAGAAUUACUUGGUAAAAGAAGUGAAAUUAUUAAUGAUAAUAAUUUUAAUGAUGAUUUAUUACAAAAUGAUAAAAGAAGAGCACGAGAAUUAUUAGGUAAACGUAGUUAUAUGGAUUUAUUUCAAAUUGCACCUGGAUAUUUUGAUUCAUCAGAGGAAAUUUUAAAUAUGAAGCCGCAAUUUGAAAAUUUAUAUGAAGUAAAAAGAGGCCGAACAAGAGAAUUAUUUGGAAGAUAA